AUGUUUACUGGCCUUGUUGAGAAGAUCGGGACGGUGACGGCCCUCGAGCCCCUCGACACCUCGUCGAGUGGAGGUGGUGGCACAUCCUUGACCAUCUCCAACUGCGAAGAGAUCCUCACAGAUGCUCAUCUGGGCGAUAGCAUCGCCGUCAAUGGAACAUGCCUCACAGUAACAGCCUUCGAUAAAACCUGGUUCAAAGUCGGCGUCGCCCCUGAGACCCUCCGCCGCACAAACCUCGGCUCCCUCCAGACAAACUCCAGAGUCAACCUCGAACGCGCCGUCAAAGCCGACACGCGCAUGGGCGGCCACUUCGUCCAGGGCCAUGUCGACACCGUCGCAACGAUUCUGUCCGUGACACCAGAAGGAAAUGCUUUGGUCUUCCGCCUGCAGCCGCGCGAUAAGGGUGUUCUGCGGUACGUUGUUGAGAAGGGCUAUGUGACCCUGGACGGGGCGAGUUUGACCGUGACCAAGGUUGUUGAUGGGGAGGAGGGGUAUUGGGAGGUUAUGCUUAUUGCAUACACGCAGGAGAAGAUUGUUACGGCGUCUAAGCAGGCUGGGGAGGAGGUUAAUGUUGAGAUUGAUAUUGUUGGGAAGUAUGUCGAGAAGAGUGUGGAAAGUUACUUUACCCAGGCUUCUGGGGGUGACUACAGCAUCCUGGAGAAGAUGGUCUCUCGUAUUGUGGAUGAGAAACUCAGGAAGUGA